GGUGUAUUUGCCACAUAGUGUCAAGAUGUUGUGUUUGCUCGUGUUGCUGGGCGCGGCUGCUACUGCCGCCGCUCAGACCUCGGAGUCUCGGGUCGUCACCACGCAUCACGGCCCGAUCCGGGGCUACAAGGACCCGGAUGGCUCCAUGUAUAGUUUCUACGAUGUUCCCUAUGCGACUGCGCCUACGGGAAGGGACAAAUUCAAGGCGCCUCUGCCUCCACCCACAUGGACACAACCUUUUGAAGCAGUUUUCCGAGGUAUCAUAUGCCCGCAACUCGAUAUUCUAAUAACUAUACCGCACAUUAUGCAAGAAGACUGUCUGGUAGCAAAUAUAUUCGUCCCCGAUACUAACGAUACUAAUCUACCAGUCGUGGUCAAUGUCCAUGGCGGAGGUUUUGUCUUCGGAUCUGGAAGCAUAAUGCAUUUAACAAACUUCGUUAAAAAUAAUAGCAUGAUCUUGAUCACAUUUAACUACCGCCUUGCAGCGUACGGUUUCCUAUGUUUGGGCACUGAAAAUGUUCCUGGAAACGCGGGCAUGAAAGAUCAAGUAGCUUUACUGCGAUGGGUUAACCAAAACAUUGCACAAUUCGGGGCAACCCUAAUGACGUGACUGUAAUGGGAUGCAGCGCUGGCGGGAUCUCUACAGACUUAUUAACUAUAUCGAACAUGACAAGAAAUCUCUUCCAUAGGGCAAUACCAGAAAGCGGGUGCAGUUACGGAGCCUUUGCAAUACAAUACGAUCCGAUACAGAACGCAAGGGACUAUGCUAGGCUUUUGAAUGACACUAAUAUCGAUAGCUUUGAAGACUUGGAAGAGUUUUAUUUGACGGUUUCAGCCGAAACGUUGGCAACGCGAUUAGUAACUACCUCAAACCAUAAAGAUUCCAGGCUCACCUUUACUGCAUGUCUAGAAAGAGAUGUUGGAGUAGAAAUGUUCCUACAAGAUGACCCCGCAGACAUACUGAAAAGGCGAUUUCCUGCCAUGCCAUUCUUAUACGGACUAGCCAAAGAGGAAGGUAUGCCCAGAACAGCAAACGUAUUAACAGGAUGGCUGAGCAAGAUGAAUGAGCAUUUUUCAGAUUUUUUGCCACAUGAACUGGAAUUUGAGAGUGUCCAAGAAAAAGACAGAGUGGCAAACACCGUCAGGACUUUUUAUUUCGGAAAUAGACCUAUAGGCUUGUCGACAAUACCAGAA